AUAAGCGCCAGGUGUGCCAGUUGAGUUAGUUUGGCAGAAGUGCGGACAGCUGUCAGCCUCGGAGCGACUCCUCAGCGGUGUGUUUACCUUCCAUACCGACACGGAUCCGAACCGGGAACGGAGGACAUGAGCAGCGCGCGGCCGUGAGGACGUUCCUGCUCUCUCUCUGGGGGGGCGAGAGCGCCAUGACGCCGCUGGACGAGCGCAUCUGCUCGCUCUUCAAGCACCACCUGCAGCAAACGCUCACCUACUGGAGCGUCUUCUUCAGCUUCGGGCUGUGCAUCGCCUUCCUCGGCCCCACCAUCCUGGACCUGCGGUGCCAGACGCAGUCCACGCUGCAGGAGAUCACCUGGGUCUUCUUCUCGCAGCAGUUCUUCCUGCUGGUGGGCAGCUGCGUGGCAGGCCUCUUUAAGAAAACCCUCCUGUCGUCCCUGCUGGCUCUCUUCUUCUGCACUCUCGUCAUUUCGUUGGUGUUCGCCUUCAUACCGUUCUGCCACCACAUCAUGCUGCUGUCAAUCGCCAUGGGGUUGGCUGGCACCGCCAUGGGGAUCAUAGACACCAUCGCCAACCUGCAGCUGGUCAAGCUGUACCAGAAGGACUCUGCUGUCUUCCUGCAGGCGUUGCACUUCUUCAUAGGCCUGGGGGCGCUGGUCAGUCCCCUGGUGGCGGAUCCUUUCUUAGCAGACGACAGCUGCGUUCUGGGUCUGAACGGGACCUCCAAUUCUUCCUGGGACCUGGAGCACCUCCGUAACACCCUCGCCGGAAAAGGGGUCUCGAUUCACAACACCUCCCAGUAUCAUCUGUUCACCGAAGGCAUCGUGGUCACCAAAGUGUCCUACGCUUUCUGGAUCAUGGCCGUGAUUAACCUCCCGGUGCCGGCCGCGGUGCUCAUGUUGAUGUUCCACGAGCGGCUGCUGCUCUGCUCCAGCAGCAGUCCCCGCCUGCUGGAAAAGGACGGGCCCAAGUCCCGCCCCGCGGAGGACGACGGCCAAGGUCAUGGCAGCGUGUUCAGCUGCUGCAACUCAGCCAGACUGGAGGGCCAGCCCACCACCACCUUCUUCAUCUAUGCACUAGGUAGUGCUAUAGUCUUCAUCACUGAUGGAAUUAUCGGCUGCUACGCCGGCUUCAUCUACACCUACGCCGUGUCCCCCCCUCUGCUGAUGGGCCGGAAAGCGGCGGGCUGUCUGGACAGCGUGUUUUGGGCGUCCAUCACGGCGGGAAGACUGGCUUUUAUCUACUUGUCGUACAGAUACUCGGCCCCCGUGCUGCUCACCAUUAGCCUGGUGGGAGUCAUCCUGGUCCAGUUCCUGAUGUUGUUCUUCUACAGCAGCUGUGUGUUUCUGUUCAUCUGCACCUGUGUGUUGGGUCUGUGCAUCAGCAGCGUGUUUCCGUCCAUGCUGGCCUUCACAGAAGACACUCUAGACUACAAAGGUUGUGCCACAACAGUCCUGGUGACGAGCGCCAGCGCAGGAGAGAUGCUGCUGCAGCUGCUGGUCGGAUCAGUGAUCCACAGUCAAGGCAGUUAUUCCUUCCUGCUGUCGAGUACGAUCGCGUCCUGCAUCGGAUUCUGCCUCUUCCUGCUGCUUCUGUACGUACAUCACAUCCACGGAAAGCAGCACAUAGACAUCUCCAAACAAAUGGACAUAAAAGAGAAGCCAAAGACGGAGAACUCCUGAAAACCAGAGGAACCUGCUGCACCUUCCACUCACCUCCAAGCCUUAUGAUCAACCAAAGCUUCACUCUUGACCACAAAGACUCACUCUUAACCCCAUUAAACCGUAAUUCUAGAGCAUCA